AUGGUAAAGUCGGCCGCUCUACGAGAAGGGGACACACUCCUAAACGUUGAGAGAACCCGGUUCGAAACCAGCCACGAGGGUCAAUAUACGAGGCAGUUGGAUCGCGCCUUACCAGGCACGCACACACGACGAAUCUAUAACGGUCUAAAACGGGAUGAAGCUCAAAUCGUGGCACAGCUACGCACGGGGAAAAGUCGUCUCAAUAGGACCCUUUACAGCAUUGGGACGGUAGACACGAAGUUAUGUGAAUGGUGCCAACGACCGGAAACAGUGCGACACUUUCUUGUGGAGUGCUCACGAUGGACAGGCAACCACGAGAUGGUGCGAUGUGUCCUAUCUCCUCGGAGGUUGGUUCAACGAAAGGUACAAGACGUAGCACGAAGAGAGUCAAGAUGGGAUGCUACGCAGGAAGUGCUUGAAGAACCCCCGAUUAUGUAA